AAAAUCUAAAAACAAGGAGUGCACUUUCAAGAAACGGAAAAGACACAACUAACAGAGCUCGAAAUCUUGUACGCCUGCAUAGGAAACCCCGAAACCGAAUCGUUAAACGAUACUAUAAUGAGGCAAAAGCUUCUGCUGUUGAUAGUGGGAUCAGAGAGUGUUUUCCGUAAGGCUGUUCUCCCAAAGUGCCAAAGUGUGGGGAGACCUUUUUAUGAAGCACUGCGAUGACCUCCUUCCGGACGGCCAGUUGGCCCAGAAAAAUUAGGAUGUCACAGGUUAUCAAAAAUCUGUGAGUCAAUCAGAUGAGUCACGCCAUGAUGUUUUCCACUUGGAAGUACAACGUACUAGCUUUCAGUUUUCACUCACCGCUAUCAGUUGAAAAUGUUUUCCCACAAAUUUAUCACAAGUCUUCAAGACACAUGAAAGCCGCAAUAGUACGGAUACCAAUCGCAAUAUGUUUCAAAGCGCUUAUGAAAAUGAACCGGAGUCGUGCGGAUCGUUGGAGAAAGAUGGCCGAGAUGCUUUUAUCCUUAUGUGUAAUCGAUAAAGCCGAGGAUGUAGUACUUGAUAUUAUAAUGUUAAAGGUCUUCGGAGAGUAGUUGCAGCCGACCAACUAUAGGCACCUAGAAACAUACAUAUAUAGAAUAUGGCUAAUCUUUCUAAAAAGACCCUGAUGUAAAAUUUACUUGCUUAAUUAUAUAAAUAUUAUUUGCUGUGUAAAGGCUAAACCGAUCGAUGACGGAAUAA